GGACGCUUUCUAUGCCUCCAUCAUCCUCUUUGUGGGGCGAGUGUGGGAUGCCAUCACGGACCCCAUGGUGGGGUUCUUCAUCAGCAAAACUCCCUGGACCCGCUUCGGCCGCCUGAUGCCCUGGAUCGUGUUCUCCACCCCUUUCGCCAUCAUCUCCUACUUCCUCAUCUGGCAUGUGCCAGACAUCUCCACAGGACAAGUGAUGUGGUACCUUGUCUUCUACUGUGCCUUCCAGACCCUCGUGACGUGCUUCCACGUGCCUUACUCAGCCCUCACCAUGUUCAUCAGCAGGGAGCAGAGCGAGCGGGACUCGGCCACUGCCUACCGAAUGACUGUGGAAGUGCUGGGCACCGUGCUGGGCACUGCCAUCCAGGGCCAGAUCGUUGGCAAGGUGGACACUCCCUGCGUGGGGAGCCCCUUCUUCUUCGGCUUGACCAACUCCUCGGUGGCCAUGGAGGAGCUGAACAUGACCCACGACACCGGGGGGCUCACAGACACUAGAAAUGCCUACAUGAUCGCUGCUGGGGUCAUUGGAGGGCUCUACAUCCUCUGUGCCUUCAUCCUGGUGCUGGGCGUGAGGGAGAGGAGAGAGUCCUGUGAGCUGCAGUCGGACGAGCCUGUCUCCUUCUUCCAGGGGCUGAAGCUGGUGAUGAACCACAGGCCCUACAUCAAACUCAUCGCCGGCUUCCUCUUCACCUCACUGGCCUUCAUGCUGCUGGAGGGAAACUUUGCCCUCUUCUGCACCUACACCCUGGGCUUCCGCAACGAGUUCCAGAACAUUCUGCUGGCCAUCAUGCUCUCGGCCACCCUGACCAUCCCCUUCUGGCAGUGGUUCCUGACGCGAUUUGGGAAGAAGAGCGCUGUCUACGUGGGCAUCUCAUCUGCCAUCCCCUUCCUCAUCCUCGUGGUUCUCCUGGACAGUAACCUCUUUGUCACCUACCUGGUGGCCGUCGCCGCUGGCAUCAGCGUGGCAGCUGCGUUCCUCCUGCCCUGGUCCAUGCUGCCUGAUGUCAUCGAUGACUUCAAGCUGCAGCACCCCAGCUCCCGUGGCCACGAGGCAAUCUUCUUCUCCUUCUACGUCUUCUUCACCAAGUUCACAGCUGGGGUGUCCCUGGGCAUCUCCACGCUCAGCCUGGACUUUGCAGGCUACCAGACCAGGGGCUGCUCCCAGCCUGACCAGGUGCAUUUCACCCUGAAGAUGUUGGUGUCUGCCGUGCCCGUGGGGCUGAUCCUGCUCAGCCUGCUGCUCUUCAAGCUCUACCCCAUCGACGAGGAGAAGAGGAGCAAGAACAAGAAAGCCCUGCAGGAUUUAAGGGAGGAGAGCAACAGCAGCUCGGAGUCGGACAACACAGAACUGGCCAGCAUCGUGUGACCCGGGCUGGGGCUGGCUGCUCACCCUGGGGCUCCCAGGGGGCUCACCCCCCCCAGGCUGGA